CGGGCGUUCGCCGCCUGCGAGGAUCUCCGGCGCGGCGCGACCCCCUCCUUCCUUCCUUCCUUCCCUCACCGCCUCGCACCCCUGCCGUGCCUGCCCGGGAAACCCCGUGGGCGCCACCUCUUCCCCCUUCUGCUCUGCUCCCGCCUUUCGGCCCCGGGAUGUUCAGUCCGGACAAAUUGUUGGGGCAAUUGUCGAAGCUGGACCGAUACGGGAAUAUGGCGUCCAUGGGGGAUUUUAACUCGGUCAGCGCCAACAUCCCGGCGACCCGAGUGGAGGUGUCCGUCUCCUGCAGGAACCUUUUGGACAGAGACACUUUUUCAAAAUCUGAUCCAAUCUGUGUUUUGUACACACAAGCUAUGGGAAAUAAAGAAUGGAGAGAGUUUGGGAGAACAGAAGUAAUCGACAAUACUUUGAAUCCAGAUUUUGUAAGAAAAUUUAUAAUGGAUUACUUCUUUGAAGAGAGGCAGAACCUGCGAUUUGACCUGUAUGAUGUUGAUUCAAAGAGUCCAGAUCUAUCAAAGCAUGAUUUCUUGGGGCAAGUGUUCUGUACGCUUGGAGAGAUUGUUGGAUCACAAGGAAGCAGAUUGGAAAAGCCAAUAGCGGGAAUUCCUGGGAAGAAAUGUGGCAUGAUGAUACUGACAGCAGAGGAACUGAACUGUUGCCGGGAUGCUGUAAUGAUGCAAUUUUGUGCAAAUAAGUUAGACAAGAAGGAUUUCUUUGGGAAAUCGGAUCCCUUCCUGGUAUUUUUUCGAAGUAAUGAAGAUGGCAGCUUUACAGUCUGCCACAAGACAGAAGUUGUAAAAAAUACCUUAAAUCCAGUGUGGCAAGCGUUCAAGAUUUCUGUUAGAGCACUUUGUAAUGGAGACUAUGACAGAACAAUCAAGGUAGAGGUAUAUGACUGGGAUAGAGAUGGAAGUCAUGACUUUAUUGGAGAAUUCACAACAAGUUUUAGAGAAUUAUCCAGAGGCCAAUCACAGUUUAAUGUGUAUGAGGUAAUAAAUCCCAAAAAAAAGGCGAAAAAGAAAAAAUAUGUUAAUUCAGGAACAGUAACAUUACUUUCCUUCCUAGUGGAAACAGAAGUUUCAUUUCUUGACUAUAUUAAAGGCGGGACUCAAAUAAAUUUCACUGUGGCUAUUGAUUUCACAGCUUCAAAUGGAAAUCCUGCACAUCCAACAUCACUCCACUAUAUGAACCCAUAUCAGUUGAAUGCAUAUGGCAUGGCAUUAAGGGCAGUAGGUGAAAUCAUUCAGGAUUAUGAUAGUGACAAAAUGUUUCCAGCUCUUGGUUUUGGUGCAAAACUGCCUCCAGAUGGAAGAGUAUCUCAUGAGUUUGCCUUGAAUGGAAACCCUCAAAAUCCUUACUGCAAUGGAAUAGAUGGUGUAAUGGAAGCAUAUUACAUGAGUUUGAAAUCUGUACAGCUUUAUGGACCAACAAACUUUGCUCCUGUUAUAAAUCAUGUAGCAAGAUAUGCUGCCUCAAUAAAAGAUGGCUCCCAGUAUUUUAUUCUUCUCAUUAUUACAGAUGGGGUCAUUUCUGACAUGGCUCAAACAAAGGAGUCCAUCGUGAAUGCUUCAAGGCUUCCAAUGUCAAUUAUAAUAGUGGGAGUUGGACCAGCAGAAUUCGAUGCUAUGGAAAAAUUGGAUGGCGAUGAAGUAAGACUGUCAUCAAGAGGAGUAUAUGCAGAAAGGGAUAUUGUUCAGUUUGUACCAUUCCGGGACUACAUUGACAGAACUGGAAACCACAUAUUAAGUAUGGCCAGGCUUGCUCGAGAUGUCUUAGCUGAGAUCCCAGAACAGUUUCUCUCCUAUAUGAGGGUCAGAGGAAUCAAGCCAUCUCCUGCACCUCCUCCAUAUACACCACCUGUUCACGUAGUGCAGACUCAGAUAUGAGUGCUCUGAAUACAUCAUAGAUUUUGCAAACUAAAGAGCCCUGUUUAAAAAGAGUUCUGGUACAGCAGUGUGCUUAAUGAGCCAAUGAGCUGAGGCCAAGUGUCCCACUUGGUAUGCAGUAGAAGCUUCCAGUGGGUUUUGCAGCAAAGUCAACUAACUAUAGACACCAAAAUGUCCAGUCUGGUUACAUGCGCAACUGAAAAGCUUUUAUGUAUGAGGAGCAAAAAGGUGGUGUUUGUUUCUGAGUUUCAUUUUAUUUCUAACAUAAAAAGCUAUUACUGUCGUACGUUUUUGGAGAAAGCACAAGUCACAGGUUCAACUCAGAAGUCCUUGUCUUUCCUGUUUUAAAAUGUACAUACAAUGUGAAUGCAAUUCCUAUGUAUCAAUGUUUACAUGUUACUACUUUUGAAAGUUAACUACUUUUUUAUAAUUAUUCUUAAUCUUAAUAAUUUGGAAUACUGAAUUGUCUUGUAUCUUGCAAUAGUGAAAUCCACAAGAGAAGCAAUAUCUCUCUGAAUGAUUGUCCAGACAAAAACGACUGCAAACUAAGGGUGGAAUGUGGGGCAGGGAUGUGGGACAAAUACAUUCAUAGGUCUCAAUAAAGGAAACACCUCACUCAAAGUGCUCAAUAAAGAAUUCAUCUGACACAUUUGAGAAUAAGCUUCCAAAAUGUGAAUACUGUAAGAAUAUGUAUUUUUGCGAAAUAUUCCAGUUCCUGAAAUAAAUUGUGUUUACAUUUUUUUAAAGACUGA